AUGGCACUGAGAAAACUCUUGGACUCCCCACCAGACUCCCCCUACGCCAAGCUCCCGCCCAUCCACAUAAUUUUUUUAAAAAUUGAAGACUCCCCAAGAGUGGUGGCCUGGAACUUUGAGGAGUCUUGUGCAAGCCCAACCUGCAUAAAGAAUAAUAAGACCGCUGUAAUCAGUGAUGGACAUUCCCUCACGAAAAUUACCCUGUUCGAAGCGGUGUCAGGGAGAGUGGCAGAGGGGGGGGCCUAUUUUAUGAAGGGCCACACCCUGCUUGGAAGGUCCCCCCCCUUUACUAUCAAUGUUGGGAGCGGGACCCAAUUUUUCCAGGGCAGCAAGAUUGACUGCCCCGCAGAACUCCACUCAAGAGCCGAGGCCCUGCUGCACCCUGCCUCACCUCUGGUUGAGCUCCGUAAUUGCUGGGCGCAGCAGGGCCUGAUGUCCCUAGAGGGAGUGGUUGUAGAGGUGAGCUUCUAUGGUACAGCCAUGGAUCUGGGAAAUUAACAACAUCACAAAUAACAAUAAAAAAAGACUGCAUUCUAAAAUAUAUAAAUUACUAAUACAGAAUUUCCUUCUGUUUAGCUCUCUGCAGUGAGAAAAGUGGAGUCGGGGAAAGAGGCUGUGCCUCUGAGAAAGCUUGUCCUGCAGCAGGUAACUGCAGCUGUGAAAAUUUUUGGUACACUUCUGUUCAAGAAAGAAAAAGUCUUAUAAGUCACUAAAAGAACCUGAAAAUGAGGAAGGCAAUAGUAAAUAAAAAAAUCAAUAAAAAUGUUGGUGUAUGUAUAUACGGUAUCUCACACGAGUGAGUACACGCCUCAUUUAAUUAGAUCUUUUAAUGGGAUAUAACUAAAGAAAUGACACUUUGAUACCAUGUAUCGUCGUCAGUGUACAGCUUGUGUAACAGUGUAAAUUUACUGUGCCCUCAAAAUAACUCAACACAGAGCCAUUAAUGUGUACACCCCUGGCAACAAAAGUGAGAAUAUCGUUAAGUAAAAAUGUCCAAAUCAGACCCAAAGUGUCAAUAUUUUGUGUGGCCACCAGCACUGCCUUAACCCUCUUGGGAAUGGAGUUCAUCAGAGCUUCACAGGUUGCCACUGAAAUCCUUUUUCACACUUUCCUCAUUUUCUGUGAUGACAUCACUGUGGAGGAGUGAAUGAUCCUCGUUAUCAUGUUGGAAUACAGUAUUCAUGUUGGAAUACAGUAUUCAGUAUGUCACACAUGUUGGCAUUCGUGGUUCCUCUCGAUAAACUGCUGCCUUCCGUUUAGUGUCAUGCAGCCCCAGACUAUGACACUCCCACCACCAUGCUUGACUGUAGGCAGGAGACACUUGUCUUAGUACUCCUCAACUGGUUGCCGCCAGACAUGCUAGACACCAUCUAACCCCUGCAGCAAUGCUAGCAGCACUCAAACGUCCGUUUUCCAAAGACAAUUUCUGGAUAUGACGCUGAGCACAUGCACUCAACCUCUUAGGUCGACCAUGGUGCGGUUCUGGGUGGAACCUGUCCCAUUUAACAGCUGUGUGGUCUUGGCCACUGUGCUGCAGCUCAGUUUCAGGGUGUUGGCAAUCUUCUUAUAGCCUAGGCCAACUUCAUGUAGAGCCACAAUUCAGUUUUUAGAUCCUCUGAGAGUUCUUUGCCAUGAGGUGCCAUGGUAUACUUCCAGUGACCAGUAUGAGAGGGUGUAGGACAGAUAAUACCAAAUUUAACACAGCUGCACCCCAUUCACACCUGAGAGCUCAUAAUACUAACAAGUGACAUGACACCGGGGAGGGAAAAUGGCUGAUUGGGCCCAGUUUGGAUAUUUUCACUGAGUGGUGUACUGACUUUUGUUGCCAGGGGUGUACACAUUAAUGGCUCUGUGUUGAGUUAUUUUGAGGGCACAGUAAUUCUACACUGUUACACAAGCUGUACUCUGACUAAUGUCCAUUGUGUCAAAGUGUCAUCUCUUUAGUUUUGUCCCAUGAAAAUAUAUAAUAUUUGCAGAAAUGUGAGGGGUCUACUCGCUUUUGUGAGAUACUGCACAGUUAACAUUUACAUAAUGUAUGGAUCAUGAUGAAAUAACACUUGAAUUAAUGCAGAUGUGUCAUUCUGCCUUUUUCUUACUUCACACUAAUGAGCCUGUCACUUUGAAUUCACGUGAUUAGUUCACACUCAACAGAUCAUUGAAUGAUGCUGAUUUACAGUAAAUUCAUACAUGCAUUGAUGUGACUACAUCAGCUUGAUAUCAAAUUUCCCCUUGGGGAUUCAUAAAGUUUUUCUUAUCUUCUCAUGAAUUAAUGCUUAGUUUAGCAUCAUGCAUCUGCUCAGCCCUUCAGGUUUAAAUGAGACAAGAGCCUGUGGUAUUUUUAGUGUUACAUGUAUUGGGACUACAGACAAUAAGGUGUUCCCUUAUGUUUUACAGGAUACAACUACCAUUAAGCUCUCCCUGUGGAGGGAGGCAGCAGUCGAGCCCAUCAUCGUCGGGGAGACAAUCAAACUGACCCAUGUUAAGUCACUUAGGACAGAAUAUGGGAUACAGGUCAACACGACCAAUUUUACGAAAGUUGAGGUAAUUUGUUGUCAUUGUUUUCAGGUUAACGCAUUUUUUGAAAAAUAUAACUUCCAUUUUCCUCUACAAUUGGUAGUUUACAGAAUCACAAAAAAGAACUAGGUUUGAUAACUAUUUAAUUAAUUUAAAAAUGAUAUAAAGAAAUACACACAUACAAAAUUGUUGGCAACCUUAUGUUUAAGACAGACAAACCCACAUACAGUCACACAGAAAAGUAUUUGCCUCUGUCUGAUUUCUUUUAUUUAUGUACAUUAAAGUCAAAGAUAACUACAGUAAAUUUAACAUGCAGUUUACAAAUGUUUUUAUUUAAGGAGAAAAGAAAGUUAUCCAUACCUACCUGACCCUAUGUGAAAAAGUAAUUACCCCCUCUUCUCAAAUCACAAAUUAAAUAUUUUUUUUUCUUUAAAAACGAGUGAAAUGUCUAUAUUAAUACCCAGACCUGAUUACUGCUAGACCUGAUGAAUCAAGAAAUCAAUUUAACAGAACCUGUCUUAACUAGAGGAGUGUAAAAGAUGUCAAAAAGAAGCACAAUAUGUCAUGGUCUAAAGAAAAAAUUCAAGAGCAAAUGAAAAAAAAAUUAAUGACAUCUUCAAUACAUGUAAUUCUUGAGAGUUUUUAGCUAUAAUUUUGGUCAUUGUCCUUUCUGAGGACUAUGAAGGACAAAAUACUGGACUAUUCUUAAGUGGUCUCCCAAGUUCUGAUCUCAAUACUAUUGAACAUCUGUGGAAGGAGCUGAAACAUGCAGUCUGGAGAUAACACCCUUCAAAUCUGACACCACUGGAACAGUUUGCUCACUAGGGGUGGGCCAAAACACCUGUGGACGGGUGCACAGGUCUCUCUGAGCAUUAUAGAAAUCACUUGAUGGAAGUUAUUGCCUAAAAAGGUUGUGCAACAUAGUAUAAAGUUAAAAGGUACCAUCAAUUUUUUCCAGGCCAGUUUUGUUAAAAUUUGUUUGAUUUAAAGUGUGUUUAAAUGUGUCAGUUUCAUACAUUUACUUUUUAAAAAUAGUUCUGUCAGACCAAAAUUCAAAUCCAAUGUCACAAUUUCAUUAGUUAAUUUUCUGUUUAUUAUGUUUCAUUCUUACUUCUGUUAGUUUCAAGUCAUUUUUGUGAGCUUUAUUGGUUUAGUUUUUUUUUUAAAGAAAGGUACCAACAACUUUGUCUGUCUGUGUAUAGACAUCGACAUCUAUUUGAGGGGCACUAAAUUAAUGACAGGGAAGAUUUCUGUGGGUGUUUUGUAUUGACACUUUUGUACCGGUCUCACAUCUGACCCACUUCCUCAAGUGCCAGGAUAGGCAGGGCUUCAGGACAAUAAUACUCACAAUAUUAAUAGUUAUUGGGCCAUUGUUACCAAAAAUAUAUAUAUAUAUCCUAAUAAUCUAAUUCCUUACCUGUGUUUGUUUAAUUUGUAAACAGAAGCAGCAGUCAAGCCAAACAUUGGACAUAAUUGGUGUCCUCAAGGAGGGAGGGGCAACAUCAACCAGCAACCCUCCAGAUGCCGUUUUUGAGGUGCUGCUUCAAAGUGGGGAGACUAUGUACAUUGAGGAGGCUUUGUGGGAGGCCCCCUUUGAUGAUGCAAUCAGCCAGGGCCCACUGAAAGUGGAAGCAUCAGUGACAGGGAAAACCAUAACUGCUAUAAAAAUUAAAUAA